CAAUCCGAAUCGGGUCAUCUUGGUUAGUUCGCAUCGAGCAGUGAUCCAGUACAGUUUGACCAAACAUCCUUUUCAGUCCCGCGUCGCCACCGUGAUGGCUCAUCGUAAAGGCGUACUAGUGGGAGUAGCCAUUUUGGCUCUUUGUGUGGCUGCUGGUUCCACCUCAAUGAGUAUGUGCCAAUGUAGCCUCACGCACAGCUGCGUCAUUGGUAACGUUAACGGUGUACAGCUUAGCACCAACGCCAUGCAAUGCUCGCUCAAUCAGACCGACAUUAGCGAUCUGCUGAUCGUGCGGUACAACGACACCGUACUGCGGGCGGAUGCGUUCGGGCCGUUCGUCAAUCUGACGAUGCUGGAGAUUUUCCACGGCUCGAUGGCGGUGAUAGUGCCGGGUGCGUUUGCGAAGGUGCCGAACAUGUUAAAGAUCGUCAUCCAGCAUAACAAACUGGUUAUCGUGGAGGACAACACGUUCGCCGGAUUGGACGAGCUGCGGCUGCUUUCCUUGGCGUUCAACAAUCUGACGAGCAUUAGUGCGGGUGCGUUCGCAGGACUCAAGAAUCUCAGCUACCUCGUACUGACGGGCAACUCCCUGACCCACUUGCCCGCGCCUCUCUUCGAGCCAACACCGAAGCUGAUGACGAUCGUUAUGAACCACAAUGAGCUAGCCUACCUGCCGGCGCCCCUGUUCGACCCAUUGAGCUACAUAUCGCGACUGGACUUGUCGUACAAUCAGCUGCAAACCUUUAAGUUCCCAAAGCUGAACGUAACGUUGCUGACGGUGCAGAACAACUCGUUGACCGAGCUCGCCCUUAACGACCACGUGGUUUACUUGAAGGCGGAACAUAAUCAAAUCUCGAGUCUUACUGGAACCGGCACUAACCUGACAACACUCUUACUCAAUGACAAUGCGAUCACGGAUGUGACGCCUCUGUUGGGUAUGAAGAAGCUGACGAAGCUAUCGCUCAACGAUAAUCCACUUAAGCCGUCUACGGUGUUUAACGGUUUCGAUGGGCUCCACCAGCUGAUGCUCAGCAACACAAGCAUUCAGUUAACCGAGCAAACGUUUGCCAAUCUAUCGCAUUUGGAGCUGCUGGAUCUGUCCUACAAUGGACUUACCGAGCUUGAUUUCCACUUGUUCUCCUCACUCAUCGAUCUCGAGAUACUGAUCGUGGCCUUCAACAAAAUCGAAACAAUUAACUUCAUCGAGCUGCGCGAGAACUUGCCCAAUCUACAUGUGCUGGAAAUUUGCGGUAACGGUUGGAACUCAACCUACCUCAAGACCGUCUUGACUCACAUGCGCCGGUAUCAUCUUUCGGCGGACAUGCAGGGACUGUCCUCAUUCUUCCUGUUCUCGCCCAUGUUCGUUGAGCUGUGUUCUACGGCACCGACCCCCACCCCGACCUCGGACGAGGACGAUAGCCUGUACUCGGAGGAUAUUAUCGAUAAGGAUUUCCAAGAGUUCUACCCAACCACACCGGAACCGAGUACUACCGAGAAGAUCUUGCGCACGAUGCUCUCAACCAGCAAGUCCGUCAUGCCCGAAGCCUCUACCCCGAAGUCGAUGUUGCGCAAGCAAGCCAUCGCUCUGCUUGAAACCGACGCGGACAUGGGACCCGCGGGUGAUGGUGCUCCGGUGCCACCGAACCCACAGCCGACAUCCGCCUCGUCGCCGCUCAUGAUGACCUUCCAGGUGUUUGUCUAUCUGUUUGCCGUGUUCGGUGUAGUGAGUCUAGCCGUGCUCGGUUACUAUAUGCGCCAGCGUCGCUUUGACGUGCGUCGCAUAUCCCCGAUGGACAUUCCCGACUCGGUUCGGUUGGUAUAAGAAGAUGAGAAUUAGUCACAUCGAUGGUAGGCACAAACACGCUGGAACCUAUCUAUACCUAGCGAUCCAAUGGCGCGAGAUGAAGGUUGUUCAGGAUUUGCUCGUAUUCACGCUCUAGAGAGAUAAGCAGCAUCCGCCCAGCCCAGUGUUCGCCAAUCGAAAAACCUUACAUUUUGUUACAACCCAAUAAUGUAUUUAAUCAUCUGUUUGAUUUUGAACCUUUUAAUGAACCCCGUAAUGUGGUGGUGACGUGGUGCAACAGUGUCCCUCGUCAGUGUGUGGGGCAGCUUUCCGUGGUUAUUCCAACAUGUAAUCUCAAAUACUCUCGUGUUGUUAAAAAUCAUCAAUAAAGUUUCA